AUGCCCACUUCCUGCUCCUGCAGGGAGGACAGGCUUCUGGACAAGUUCACAACAGUCAGGGAGGGGCAGGGUGCUCUGAGGCAAACCAUUCUGUGUGACUAUAAUAACAAAAGCGGACGGAGGCACAGAUCUAGCAGGGAAGAGUCAGAACUGGCUCUUCCCUGUUACAUCAUUGACCACAUCAGCCACUCCUGCGUGCAUCCUUCUUCCCCCACGGCAGCACGGGGAGCUGAGGGGAGCUGUGGCAUUGCUCUGUGGCCAGGCGAAAGGCACAACAUCAGCCGUUCCCCCAGGGGGGCCCCUCGGCCAGCGGCAUUGGCAUCAGCCGGGAAUCCGAGAAACGCCAACGUCAGGCCCCACGCAGACCUGCCAAGUCCGAGCUCUGGGUGUGUUAACAAGCCCUUGGGUGGUUCUGUGUUCGCUGCAGAGUGGCAGCCGCUGGGCUCCGGCUCCUUUCCAAGCUUUCAUUUCCAGCGGAAUGUCAGUUGCUCAGGCAGCCAGGUUUUAAUUCAGUUCUAUCUCUCCCUGUAA